AUGAUUGAACCCUUUAGUCAUGGCAAAGAGUCGCAAAAGGCAACAGUGACAAAACAAAUAGGACCAAGAUCAUAUGAAGUAAAGACAACAAAAGGUACCAAAUUGAUUAGAAACAGAAAAGAUGCGAGACAAAUGAAACAGAACACGGUUAAAAAUCAGCAGAAGCUGAGCCAAGUGACUGGUAAAGGCAUGACCGGAGUAGGCUUGCCAUUGACAAGAACACCAAGUCAAGAAAGAACACAUAUAUGGAAAGACAUGACAAGACAAUUGAAAAUCGAUUUAUCCGAACACAACGUCGUCCUCACUGAAAGUGAAAUGUACAUCAAAUCCGACAUUUCAACAAUGCAAGAAAUUAUGUUUGAAGAAUUCAGAACGCCAGGACUCUACAUUGGCAACGAAUCCGCGUUCUCACUCAUUUGGCAUCGCAAGCCGACCGGCGUUAUUGUAGAUUGCGGUGAUUACAUUACGUCUGUUGUACCCUUUCACAACAAACAUCGUCUUUCGAAUAAUCGUCUACUUAGCUACGGCGGCCGGAAUGUUACUCUGAAAUUUUUCAAAAGUCUAUCUAGAGAGGGAUACGACGAGCUAGACUUUAGCAAUCGUCAUCAUUUUGAAGUAUUGAGAAAGAUUAAAGAGGAACAUGGAUAUUCAACCAUUUGGAUAAGAAGUCUGAAAACAAAAGAGCAACUCCAACCACUAAAAGUUUCUUGUGAUCUAGUACCCAAAAAUGGCUUCUACAUUUAUCAUGAGACUUUCACUGCUGCAGAUGGCUUGUUUCUGCCUGGCUGCUUCUACAGUUUUCAUGGCGCAAUAGGAAUUCAAAAUGCCGUCGUCGAAGCCAUCGAGACACAAAUCGACUCGGUACAGCAACAGCUCCUCGAAUCUGUCCUUUUGUGCGGUGGCUGCACUCUGUUGACAUCGUUUGCACACGCGCUUGCAAUGACGUUUGACGAUCUUAAAAAGUUUCCAAAACCUGUCAACGUCAUUAAGAUUAAGAAUCGUGAACACAGCGUUUGGCUUGGAGCGAAUGAAUUCGCGAUGAAGGAGGAAUGCAUCAGUCAAGUUAUGGUUACGAAAGAGGAGUAUGAUGAAGUGGGAAAGCACAUUUAUAGAAAAAGAUCUGACAAUGAAUCGGCCGAGGCUAGUUCUAGAGGAGAACGGGUCCGUCGGGAUGAUGUAUCAAGAGAGGCUAUUUCUAGAGGAGACCGGGAUACCGCAGCGCUCUUGUACUUCUCCAGCGGCACGCGGAGUAAGUAA